AUGCCCGCAGGACUCCAACCCGGCCAGCAGCCCACUCCCGAGCAGAUCCAAGCCAUGCAGCGUCAACUGGCCAUCGAGGCGCAAAAGAACGGCAUGACUGUCCCGCAAUACGUCGAGCAACUCAAGGCCCAAGCCAUGCGUCAACACAUGCAACAGCAGCAGAUGCGCCAGCAACAGAUGCAACAACAGCAAAUGCAGCAACAGCAACAGCAGCAGCAGCCUAUCACCCCCGGUCCUCCCAAGCCCGAGGCCAUCGCCGUUGCAACCUUUCUCCAGAGCCAGGAUCUCAAGAUUCGCACAUGUGUUUUCCAGGAGAAGCGCAAGGAUAUGUUCAAAGUCAAGCGUGCGAUCCGUGCUCUUGAAUCACCCGCCUACGAAAAAGCUCGCGCAAAGAACCCCCUCCUGCCUCCCGUUACCGAUCGCGCCAGUGCCGAGAACACAUUCAAACUUCUCCCCAUGUCUCUCCUCGCCCUCCGCGUUUCCAAGAUCGAACCUACAGCCGAGCAGCAAAAGAAGAAGCGCGUCAAGGGUCUAUGGAACGUCAAAGUCGAGCAACAGCAAGAAGCCCGCGACGAGUUCCACUACGUCUGGCUCUACGAAGGCCCUCAAUGGAAGACCAAGCUCUACGCUGUCGGUGCCCUCGCCCUGAUUCUCGCUGUUGUCUUCUUCCCCGUCUGGCCCUACAAGCUGCGCAUCGGAGUCUGGUAUCUGUCCAUGGCAUGUCUGGGCCUCCUGGGUCUCUUCUUCGCAAUGGCAAUCUUCAGACUCAUUCUCUUCCUCGUCACAAUGUUCACCGUACCCCCCGGCCUUUGGCUCUACCCUAACCUCUUCGAAGACGUGGGUUUCUUCGACUCGUUCCGUCCAGUGUGGGGCUGGCAAGAAACUGCAGACGACAAGAAGGCAAAGAAGGAGCAGAAAAAGGCAAAGAGAGAAACCAAGCGUCUGGCGAAACUCGGUAGUGAAAAACUCGCAAAUGUGGGCAACAGAGUGCAGGAGAUUUUGGAUGAUGGACAUGGUCAUCAUGGACACAGUCACGACGGACACGUGCACAAGGAGGACAUCUCAGCUCCUAUCAUGCAGCCUGCUGCCGAGGGCACGACGGGGGCACAGGUCGGUGGAGGUCAGGCCAAGCAGCGUAUCAUGGCUGCCAGUGUCGAGGAGGCCGACGACGAGUAG